GGGGCCGGCGAACUGCGGCCCGGAACGUGGAGGAAGCGCCCGUCCCGCCUUCCCCGCGCCGGGUUCCGGGGGCGCCAUGGAGCCCCGGGCGGUUGCAGAAGCCGUGGAGACGGGGAAGGAGGAUGUGAUUAUGGAAGCUCUGCGGUCGUACAACCAGGAGUGGCUGCUGCCUGAGUUAGAGGCCAAUAGGCCGCCCCCGUCAGCGGGCGCGGAUACUGCCCCUCUGUGGACUUGAAUUCACUCGUUCUCUGUGCAGCACUCCCAGAGCUUCACGUUUGAUGAUGCUCAACAGGAGGACCGGAAGAGACUGGCGGAGCUGCUGGUCUCCGUCCUGGAACAGGGCUUGCCACCCUCCCACCGUGUCACCUGGCUGCAGAGUGUCCGAAUCCUGUCGCGGGACCGCAGCUGCUUGGACCCGUUCACCAGCCGCCAGAGCCUGCAGGCACUGGCCUGCUAUGCUGACAUCUCUGGCUCUGAGGGGUCCGUCCCAGACUCCCCCGACAUGGAUGUUGUACUGGAGUCCCUCAAGUGCCUGUGCAACCUCGUGCUCAGCAGCCCUGUGGCACAGAUGCUGGCAGCAGAGGCCCGCCUAGUGGUGAAGCUCACAGAGCGUGUGGGGCUGUACCGUGAGAGGAGCUUCCCCCACGAUGUCCAGUUCUUUGACUUGAGGCUCCUCUUCCUGCUAACGGCACUCCGCACCGAUGUGCGCCAGCAGCUGUUUCAGGAACUGAAAGGAGUGCAUCUGCUGACUGACACACUGGAGCUGACGCUGGGGGUAACUCCUGAAGGGAACCCACCCAAGCUCCUUCCUUCCCAAGAGACUGAGCGGGCCAUGGAGAUCCUCAAAGUGCUCUUCAACAUCACCCUCGACUCCAUCAAGGGGGAGGUGGACGAGGAAGACGCUGCUCUUUACCGACACCUGGGGACCCUUCUCCGGCACAGUGUGAUGAUUGCUACUGCUGGAGACCGCACAGAGGAGUUCCAUGGCCACGCAGUGAACCUCCUGGGGAACUUGCCUCUCAAGUGUCUGGAUGUUCUCCUCACCCUGGAGCCACACGGAGACUCCGUGGAGUUCAUGGGAGUUAAUAUGGAUGUGAUUCGUGCCCUCCUCAUCUUCCUAGAGAAGCGUUUGCACCAGGUAGGCUGGGGAUGGCUGUACAGGCUCCCUCAGUGGCUCUGGCACUGGUUCUCCUGCACAGCUGUGGUCAGUGCUUUUACACUGUCCACACUGACACACAGGCUGAAGGAGAGCGUAGCUCCCGUGCUGAGCGUGCUGACCGAAUGUGCCCGGAUGCACCGCCCAGCCAGGAAGUUCCUGAAGGCCCAGGUGCUGCCCCCUCUGCGGGAUGUGAGGACACGGCCUGAGGUUGGGGAGAUGCUGCGAAACAAGCUUGUCCGCCUCAUGACACACCUGGACACAGAUGUGAAGAGAGUGGCCGCCGAGUUCUUGUUUGUCCUGUGCUCUGAGAGUGUACCCCGAUUCAUCAAGUACACGGGCUAUGGGAAUGCUGCUGGCCUUCUGGCUGCCAGGGGCCUCAUGGCAGGAGGCCGGCCUGAGGGCCAGUACUCGGAGGAUGAGGACACAGACACAGAUGAGUACAAGGAAGCCAAGGCCAGCAUAAACCCGGUGACCGGGAGGGUGGAGGAGAAGCCGCCUAACCCUAUGGAGGGCAUGACGGAGGAGCAGAAGGAGCAUGAGGCCAUGAAGCUGGUGACCAUGUUUGACAAGCUCUCCAGGAACAGAGUCAUCCAGCCAAUGGGGAUGAGUCCCCAGGGUCAUCUUACGUCCCUGCAGGAUGCCAUGUGCGAGACUAUGGAGCAGCAGCUCUCCUCAGACCCUGACUCGGACCCUGACUGAGGAUAGCAGCUCUUCUGCUCUCCCAUCAGAACUGGUGCUGCUUCCAGAGACUUCCUUGGGGUUGCAACCUGGGGAAGACACAUCCCACUGGCUCCACGCUCCUCUCUCCAUCUUAGAAACCCCUUCUCUUUACUCCCAAGGUUCUGCUCAUGAUUUGCCUCUGGUCCAGUUUCUUAUCUCUGGACUGCAAUGGUCUUCUUGUGCUAGAACUCAGGGCUCAGCCUUGAAUUCCACAGACAAAGUAUUCUUUUGUCUGUGCCAAGAGGAAUGUGUUCAGAAGCUGCUGCCUGAGGGCAGGGCCUACCUGGACACACAGAAGAGCAUAUGGGAGGGCAGGGGGUUGGGUGUGGGUGUGCACAAAGCAAGCACAUCUGGGAUGGGCACGCUGGCAGAGCCAGUGUGUUGGGGCAUGUGCUGCACUUCCCAGGGAGAAAGAACCUGUCAGAACUUUCUAUACGAGUAUGUCAGGACACACACUUCCAAGGUAUGUAUGCUCUGUUGUUUCUGUCCUGUCUUCACCGAGCGCAGGGCUGGAGGCCUCUUAGACAUUCUCCUUGGUCCUCAUUCACCUGCCAACUGUAGUACCCACAGUGCCCAAGUUCUUACUGGUUUUGGCAAUUAAACCUCCUUCCUACUGGUUUAGACUGCACUUACAAGAAGGAAAAUGCCCCUUGUGUGACCAUAGAUUGAGAUUUAUACCACAUACCACACAUAGCCACAGAAACGUCAUCUUGAAAUAAAGAGUUUUGGGCAAAAA